AAUGAAAUCUUAAGCGUCGUAGGAGUGUGUAUUUUCAGUUUUAUAUAUUUACAUUAAUAAAACCAUCCUAGUUCUUUCUUAAUUAUUAUUAAAAACCCAAUCAAUCGACAAAUAUAAUUUAAAAAUUACAUUCAAACAUAAGGUUAUGUAAUAACAUGUGUGAUGAACAUGUGAAUGUAAUAAAAGUAGUCUACAGUUCUCAAUUCAAAGUUGCGAUUUUAUUAUGGUAAUAUUAAAUAAAAUGGAUAGCGUGGGUAAUUUGGAAGAACAAGCACUUAAAAGAAAAGAAAGACUAAAAGGUCUUAAGCGCAAAUUACCAAACGAAGAUGCAUCAAGUACCACAAAAAAUGAACCAAUUGUGCUUCCAAAGCCUAAGUUCAGGAGCUAUAAACCUCAAGAUGAAACUCUACAAAAAGAAAAAAUAGAGGACGCACAACCAUCUUUAGUUGAAGCAGAAGUAAAAGAUUUAGUUGAAGCUGGCAAAGAAAAGGUAAUUUUACAAGAUUUAGAUAUAUCAAGCUUAGCCCCACGAAAACCCGACUGGGAUUUAAAAAGAGAUGUUGCUAAAAAGUUAGAGAAACUAGAGAGAAGGACACAAAAAGCAAUAGCUGAAUUAAUUUGGGAGCGACUUAAACAAGGUAAUGAAGAGAAUUUAAGUGCUAUGGUUACUAUGAAUGAAAAUAAACCAACAGAUGAUGAUUAAAAUUUAUUAUUGUGUAAAUUUAUUUUGAGAUAAAUAAGUAAUAAACGUAAGCGGUAAGAAUAA